AUGCGCAGCCCAGUUAUCGCCUUCACGCUCUUCGCCGCUGCGGCAGUCAGCCCGAGCCUCAUCGCCGCGGCUCCGACCUCCCCCAAUCCCGGAUCGUCAGUCAGGAACUCUCCCCGCCAGGUCCCUCCACUCAGCGGCUUGAGUACUACUCAGAUGAAACACCUUUCUGAUGACGGCCCGUUGCCCUUGCCCGAUCUUCCGGCUGAUAUCGACAACAAGAACUCAGGGGACUCAGGGAACCAGAACAAAGGAGGCCAAACCCCUGAUGGCCGCCGCGCGGCUGAACAGCAACUUCACAACCCUGCGUCGGCGUCUCUUGACGACUAUUACCCUGGCCACGACAAGCGUGCCUCCGACGAAUACAGCGCAGGUGGCAACUCCUACACUGGUGCUGCGGGCGACACAUCGGGUGGAUCGGUGGUGUCCGCGUCCCAUGGUGCCGGUUUUGACGGUUUUGACGGUGAAGACGGUGAGGGCGACGGCGAACCGGGUGUCGAUAAUGUUGGUAAUGUCGCAGGCGGCGAUGGCGGCGAUGGCUUCAGUGGUUUUAGCUACGGUGGUGACGGUGACGGCAAGGGUGCCGGUGGUAACUCAUACAGCGGUGCUGUCGGCCCUUCAGAGGGUGGUGAUGUUGUUGCCGCCUCUGAAGACAGCCAGAGUACCGAGAACGAGGGUACUGGUGCGUCAAUUAUGUACUGUUUGUUUCACUGCGCUUACUGA